AUGUUAUUAGUAUCAAGGACAUAUACUUCCAGCAAAUUUCUUGAGAGCAAAGCCGAGUACUUCUAUCGUCUCCAUGUCAAAGUAAUUGGUGAAAAUUCUAUCAAAAAGGAAGAAUCUUGUACAUCAAAAACUCCACGAAAACAUCACGCAAAAUCGAAAAGAAAACCGGAAAUAAAAUCUAGUUCUAGUCAAGGCGAGAUUGAAAACAUGCAGAUUUACAGGACCGACCAACCGGAAGAUAAAGAUGUCUUCCUACCGCGUCUUACUGGUUCCUCAAGUCGAGCUUCGCCUGACAACAAAUCACAAGAUGGAAGCGCGCAACAGCUUCGACUUCCGGAAAUUCGAAUAGUUCAGAACAAUUAUUCACGAAUGGCUCUAAAUAGAAGUAUUACUGACCUCUUAGACCCGGAAAUGGAAAUAUUAAACAAAAUCAAGUACGGACCGAGAAAGAAGAAAAAGAAACGUCACAAUAAGACGGCGUGUCAAUCUGAUGUAUAAAACUUCAAUCGCAACUUGUCGGCCCUUUCCGUCGGUCUUCGGAUUGUUAUUAUCAAUAAUAGCCGAGGAUCUUCCAAUUGUAAUAACUUUACAUGCCACAAUCGAAAAAUAAAUGAUUGCCAGUCAUUUUAGAAA